AUGGAAAAAAAUACUAUAUCUGCGAAAGAAUUGAAAGAAAAGGAAGGGUCCAAGUCUGGGUAAGUGUUGCUUGUUUUCUUAGUUUUUUUGCAAAAUACAUAAAAUGUUGAAAUGUUUGCCCAAAGACAGUAAAGUAUAUUACUGAAAACUUGCUUUUACUCAAUUUAAUGUAUAUCUUCGUAUUUUUGCCGAAACGUUCACUUCAUAUUUAUUAUGUUUAUUACAUUUACAGAGUCUGUUUUAUAAUGAAAUGGACUAAUGAGCAUGAUGUCGAAUUUUGCAAAGAGGUUAUUGCUUCCAAGCUUUUUGAAACCAAGAAAAGGUCGGCAGAAAGAGCUCAGGUAUGGGAAGCUAUUGCAAAAAAAUUGGAAAGAGUGGAAUAUCCUAAAUUCAAGGUGGAGCAAUGUUCUGUCAGAGACAGAUUGAAAAAACUAAUCAAACAGGUUCGGAAAAAGGAAAACGAUAAAAGACGAGCCAGUGGAAUUUCACCUGAAUUAACAGAAUUGGACACACUGUUGGAGGAGAUAAGUGAAAAAGAGGAAGCAUCAGAAACCCUGGCUGCAGAUAUGGGAGAAAGGGAAAAGAGGCGUUUGGAAGAAGAUCACAUGGCACGACAAGAGAUGCGAAAAAGAGCCAUGGAAACUUUAUCCGAGACCGAGAAAAGAAAUACAAAAAUAGAUCAAGAUAGUCCAAAACGCAAAGUCAAAACGAAAGGGUGGUAAUACCGCCUUGGCAUUCUUGGCAGAAAAGGCAGAAAAAGAAACAAAACUGAAGGAAGAGAGCAACAGUUUAGAGAGGGAGCGCCAGGAAAUGGAAAAGGAAAAAACAGACAAAUUUAUGCAACAACAGAAUGACAUGUUGACUGCUAUUUUAGAAAUCCAAAGACAGCAAAAUAAUCAGGUACAAGCAAGCCAGAUGGUUUUAAUGCAGCAACAGCAGCAACGAGGGCAAGCAUUAUUAUUAUUAUUAUUAUUAUUAUUAUUAUUGAUCUUUAAACACGGUAACCUUUCACAUAGGUGAUUUUCAAAGGGCCGUGCGGAAAAUAAAUGCAUUAUAAAAGAAGGAACUAAUAAACUAAAUUAUACUUAUUUACAAAAUAUACUUAUUUACUUAUUUACUUAUUUACAAGAUGUAAUUAUUUAAUAGAUGAUGGACAGAUUUUAAACUUGUUGACUCUCUUAGGGUUUUCAACAAGUUUACUGGGAUGUUGUUCCAAAAUUAGAUCUGCUAUUGAACUAUUAAAGGCCUGUUGUUGGGGUUCGC